GGGGCCCUUUGCAGCAGUCCCUGGUCUAGAUCUACUCCUACAGUUUACCUCCACCCAGCAGGAGCAUGAAGUCCUUCACAGCUGCCCUUGCUGUUCUUUUUGUGGCUGCCUUCUGCUACCAGGUCUCAUCUUCACCAGCUGCUGUCAACAUUUUUGGUCCCUGUUGCUCCCGCUACCUCACCAAAGCGAUUCCCGAGCACCGCGUGAAAGCGUACGCUCACACAAGCAACCACUGCAUCCAGCCAGCUGUGAUAUUUACCACAGUCAAAGAUAAAAUGCUCUGUGGCAACCCAGAAGAUAAAUGGGUCCAGGAUAUCAUGAAUCACCUAAAGGACAAGGCAGGCAGUGGAAGGACAGCACUGUAAUCACUGCAAACAUCACCUCCACCAGAGAGCCUUCUCGCACGAGCUCCUCCUAAACAUGUCUGUGUUUUUUUAUUACCUGUGAAUUUUGAUUGUUAUGUUUAACUCUUUAUUUAAGGUGUAUGCAAAGGCAUUUUAAUUUAUUUUUCAUUUCCACUGAGACUUUUAAUUUGUACUGAUUGUUUUUAAGUUAAUUUUGUAUAAUAAAAAAAGAG